GUUGAUGGGGAGAAAGGAACUGAAAGAAGAGAAGAAGAGAAGGAAAACGAGGCUGAGGAAGACAAGAGAAAGAGUGAAAAUGAUGAGGACGAAAAUGAUGAGCAAGAGGAUGAUGAUGAAGAUGAUGAAAUCAGGUCUGAAACUGAGCAAGAAGCUGCGAAAAGGAGAGAAGAGGCGGAUGCAUUGUAUUGAGGACAGUAAUGAGGCUAGUGAUAAAGAUGUGGAGAAGAAGAAAGAGACUCAGAAAGGUGAGGAGAUUGCUACGGAAGCAGGGAAAAAAACUCCUAUAUCACCAUAUGGUAGGACUAAAGCAGCAGCUGCGAGGAGACAAGUUUUAAUUACAUCAGAGAAGUGGAUAACACCACCAAAAAUAAAUGGUAAGGAGAAAGCUGUGGAGACUGCUAUGGAAGCAGAGAAAAUAACCAUUGAAUCAGAGAAAGCUGUGGAAACAGAAUCUAUUGAGACUGAAAAAAAGGUUGAGCAAGCUGAGAAGUCAGUUGAAGCUGAUGAGGAACAAGAUGUGGAGGAAGAGGAGGAAAAAGCUGAGGAAAGUCUUGCCGAGGAACAUGCUGAAAAGAAGGUGGAGGAAAAGGAGGAAAAGAAGGAAAAAGCUGAGGAAAUUUUUGCUGAAGAACAUGCUGAAAAGAUGGUGGAGGGAGAAGUAGAAAAACUAGAAUAA